GACCGCGGGGACCUUGGAGGGAGCCCGGCCGGCGUCGGCGGAUGCUGCAGGCGCCAUGAGCUCCCCACAAGGACCAAGCUUCCUGUCGGGGCUGCUCUCUGGAGGUGCCUCCCCCAGUGGCAAUGAGGGCUUCUUCCCCUUUGUGCUGGAAAGGCGGGACUCAUUCCUGGGAGGGGGCCCAGGGCCCGGAGAGCCCGAGGACCUGGCCCUACAGCUGCAGCAGAAGGAGAAGGACCUGCUGUUGGCCGCGGAGCUUGGCAAGAUGCUUCUGGAGCGCAAUGAGGAGCUACAGCGGCAGCUGGAGACACUGAGCGCCCAGCACUCUGAGCGUGAGGAACGGCUGCAGCAGGAGAACCAUGAACUCCGCCGGGGCCUGGCAGCACGGGGCGCAGAAUGGGAGGCCAGAGCUGUGGAGCUGGAGGGGGACGUGGAGGCCCUGCGGGCCCAGCUGGGAGAGCAGCGCGCCGAGCAGCAGGGCAGUGGGCGUGAGCGGGCGCGGGCCCUCAGUGAGCUCAGCGAGCAGAACCUCCGGCUCAGCCAACAGCUGGCCCAGGCCUCCCAGACCGAGCAGGAGCUGCAGAGAGAACUGGAUGGCCUCCGGGGGCAGUGCCAGGCUCAGGUCCUGGCAGGAGCAGAGCUGAGGACGCAGCUGGAGAGUCUGCAGGGGGAGAACCAGAUGCUGCAGAGCCGCCGGCAGGACCUGGAGGCCCAGAUCCGAGGCCUGCGUGAGGAGGUGGAGAAGGGCCAGGGCAGGCUACAGGCUACCCACGAGGAGCUGCUGCUACUGAGGCGGGAGAAGCGGGAGCAUAGCCUGGAGCUGGAACGCGCGCGCUCCGAGGCCGGGGAGGCAUUGAGUGCGCUGCGGGGGCUGCAGAGGCGCGUCUCGGAGCUGGAGGAGGAGUCGCGCCUUCAGGACGCCGAUGUGUCGGUAGCCUCACUGCAGUCGGAGCUUGCUCACAGCUUCGACGGCGACCAGGACCAGAAAGCGGACGGACGCAGGGACGCCCCGAACACUCGGUCCCCUGAGAUCCAAGAGGCGUUCAGCCACCAGCCUUCACCCCAAGAGGAGAGCCUGGAGCCUCCCAAGAAGCGAGCAUCUCUGAGGCUAGGGGAGAUACUAGAGGAGAAGGAGGCCGAAGUGGCCCGGCUGCAGGAUGAGAUCACGCUGCAGCGGGCCGAGUUACAGUCCCUGCGGGAGGAGCUGCAAAGGCAGAAGGAGUUGAGGACACAGGAAGACCCCGAGGAGACCCUUAGCAGCGCCCUCUCGGAUCGGGAUGAAGCUGUGAACAAGGCGCUGGAACUGUCCCUGGAACUCAGCCGCGUCUCUCUGGAGCGGGACUCGCUCUCCCGGGAGCUGCUUCGCACUAUCCGCCAGAAGGUGGCGCUGACGCAAGAGCUGGAGGCCUGGCAGGACGACAUGCAGGUGGUGAUCGGCAAGCAGCUGCGCUCGCAGCGCCAGAAGGAGCUGAGUGCGGCCGGAUCUGCCCCGCGUCGCGCCGCCCCGCGCUUCUCGCUGCGCCUGGGCCCAGGGUCCGCCGGCGGCUUCCUGAGCAAUCUCUUCCGAAGGACCUGAAGGCUGGGCGAAGGGGGCCGCCCAUGACCUC